AUGCAUCUCCCGGUGGCUCUCGCUCUGCUGGCCGGUUCAGUGUCAUCAGUUGUUGCUGCACCUGCCGUUGAGUCGCAAGGGGCAGACACUGGCCUGCGUCUCAUCAAGACCUCCCCUGAGGAUCCCGGCAAAUGGGUCACGGAAGAGCAGAAGAUUAGAGACUACAAGUCCAACGGCAUUGGCUUUGUUGACAUCACCGACAUUACCGACGCUGAGGUGCUCACCGCGCUAUCUACCGCUGACACCCAGGAGAAAGCCUUCUCAGCUCAAGCUGUCAACUAUCCCUCCAGCGUCAGCCAUAAGGAAGAGGCGAACCUCCUUUUAGAGAAGGUUUCAGUCACUGAGCCAAAGAGCUGGCUAAAGAGCCUGACUGAUUCAUACGGCACUGAGGCAGGGGCAUGGCUCUUUAGCACAGUCAAGAGCAUUGCCGCAAAGAACUCCGCCAUCACUGUUACCCAAUUCACCCAUUCUUUCAAGCAGCCGUCCAUCAUUGCCAAGGUCCCCGGCACUACAGAGAACUUAGUCAUUGUCUCGGCUCAUUACGACUCUACCGGUGGCUCUUCCAGCGCGCGGGGUCCCGGAGCCGAUGACAACGGCUCCGGCGUCGUGGUUCUUCUCGAAGCCCUGCGCGUCCUGGCCAACGCCGGAUUCAAACCCAAGAACACGCUCGAAUUCCACUUCUACGCAGGCGAGGAGGGUGGCCUGCUCGGCUCCCAGGAUGUCUUCUCCAGCUAUAAGUCGUCCCGGAAGACAGUGCUCGCCGUCCUCAACCAGGAUAUGACGGGCUACUCGCCCAGCGGGAAGAUCUCAAUCUACACAGACUACGUUGACUCGGCUCUGACGGCUUAUGCCCGAGUCAUUGCGACCGCGUACAUUGGCGCGACUACUAGUGAUGCGUGCGGAUACGGAUGCUCGGACCACGCCUCGGCGAGGUCAAACGGAUUCCCGGCGGCUUAUGCUUGCGAGGACAAGAUGGAUGAUUCCUCGCCGUACAUUCACACUUCCGGUGAUGCCUACUCGACUAUUAUGUGGGAUGCCGUGCUCCGGCACAGCAAAUAUACUGUGGCCUUCCUAGUGGAAGCAUCGUACCUCUAG